AUGUCCGUGGCGUCUCCAGGAUGCAAACUGGACGCGAAGGUUCGAACCCCAGAAAAUCGUGCUAAUCUCGGAGAUGCUGAUGAUUCAGAAAAGGAAGACGCCGAUGACGGCGAGAAUGACGGUGCUGACCCUUCGAAAGAAUUCGCCCAAGGCCGUCUUGAUGAUCCUAUCCAGCAGCGUCUCCAGCAAUUAGAAGACAUGAUUGCCCGUAUCCCUGGUGUCCCCAGGCCUAUGGAAAAAGCUACUCCUAACAGUUAUGCUGAUUCUCCUUUUGCAGAUCCCAUAGCGUUGAUCGAGGUGCCCAAGAGGUUCUCCGUCCCAUCCAUGAAGCUGUACGACGGCACCACAGAUCCCAACGACCAUGUCGCUCAGUACAAGCAAAGAAUGAUUACCAUCUCAAUCCCGAAGAAUAUGCGGGAAGCAUGCAUGUGCAAGGGAUUUGGCUCUACGCUGACUGGGCCAGCUUUGCAGUGGUUCAUUAAUCUUAAUAACGGGACCAUCUCUCUUUUGCUCAAUUGGUUAAUGCUUUUAAUAUGCAAUUUGCUAGGAAAAGUGUCCAUCCCGAAUUGCGAUGCUAGGACGGCCAUCGAGGCGUUCAGACGUGGUCUGGAUGAGGAAUCGGACCUCUACAAGGAGCUGACCAAAUAUCCAUGUCCGACGUUCGAGGAUGCUCAAGCCAAAGCGUUGGCCCAGAUCAGGCUGGAAGAAGACAUGCAGUCCAGAAAGGCUUAUGCCCAUGCUGACAGCCGGAAGGCAACGUCCAACAAGCAAGCAUCUUGGCGUCAAAAGCCUUAUGAGCGCCCGCAGCAGGUCCAUAGUGUCCGUCAUGAUGGGCCAGUCAAUGACUGGAAAAAUGAUCCCGGUCUUCCCCCCAAGCUAAGCGAAUAUGGUUUCAACGUCACUAUGGGAGGUAUUAUUAAUACUUUACAUUCUUUAGGUUCUGCUGUUAAAUGGCCUUUCAGGAAUGAAAAAUCGACGGCCCAUCGCGACAAAUCCAAAUGGUGCGAAUUCCAUGGAGACCAUGGGCAUCACACUGACGAAUGUGUCGCUCUGAGGCGAGAAGUAUCCCACCUGCUGAAGCAAGGAUACCUAAAGGACUUGCUGACGGAGAAAGGUAAGCAGACGGUGUCGAAGAAUGACGACCGACGUCAACCGCCGUCGUCCCCACCGCACGUCAAGGUAAUUAAUGUCAUUAGUGGUGGUUCAGAUAUCUGUGGACUAACAUAUUCUGCAGCUAAGCGGCAUGCACGAGACGGUCUGAAUCAAGACGCCGUCCCUAAAGAACUCCGUCAUCCCCGUGACGUCGAGCUGGAGGCCAUGCCAAUCACCUUCGAUGACGCCGAUCUCGGCGACGACAGGGACAUACACCAUGACGGUCUGGUAAUAUCUCUAACUGUCAGUAAUUGCUUGCUAAAACGUGUGUUAGUGGACAAUGGCAGUUCAGCAAACAUCCUGAUGAGAGGCGCUUUAGAGGACAUGGGGAUCGAUGAACGUGACGUCAUCCGCAAAUCUACCGUCCUUGUCGGAUUCAGCGGAGAAUCCAAGCACACCAUGGGAGAAGUGACCCUGCCCACCUUCGCCAAGGGAGUUAACAUGCCAACUAAAUUUUAUGUCAUUGACUGCCCUUCUUCUUAUAAUGUGAUUUUAGGCAGGCCAUGGAUCCAUAGCAUGAAGGCUGUCCCUCGUCAUUCCAUCAAUCUCUAA